UAUUUUCCGUUAAAGAUAUCACAACUCCGUCGGUCAUCGACCGUCUUUGCUCUAGCCUCUAGAUUCUUCUUCGGUUACGCCAGCGCAUGCGUGUCACGCAUCCCCUCAUCUUCAAUUCUUCAAAUCAAAUGCCCCGCUUCUGCAAAAUUUCAACUUUUCGAUUAAAUUAGCUGUUCCGGAGAUCAUUCAAACCUAUUCUUUUCAGUCGAUCACCCAAAGUCAAGGCUAUGGAUCAGCAACAACAAGUGCUUAAUUUCUCUGUUACAUGGAGAGGCAAGAAGUUCACUCUGGAAAUGGAGCCUGGAACUACACUUAAAGCAUUGGGUGAUGAGUUGCGGAAGCUUACCAAUGUUGAGGAUGAUACCAUGCGACUAAUUGUGCCCAUCAAUAAAAGUUCAAAGCUGAUAUAUCCUUUCUCUAAGGAGCACUCCUACUUGAAAUUGGACGAGGCAUCUAUUCUUCAGGGAAAAUCUCUUAGGAUGUUGGGAGUUCCCAGAGAUGAGGUGGAUGAAGUCCUAGAAAGAGCAAAUGAAGACCUCAGAAUUGCUGGUUUUGAAGAAGAAGAAAAAAGGCAGAGGCAGAGAAUACCUGAUAGGCUUGGGACCUCACUAAAACUUCCACAGGGGCCUUAUAUCUUCUGUGAUUUUAGAACACUCCAUCUUCCAGGAAUAGAGCUGAACCCUCCCACUUCUGAAGCUCUAAAACUAAUGCAUAAGCUUGCUGCAGAUCCAGGAAUUGUUGCAAUUAUGAAUAAGCAUCGUUGGCGUGUCGGACUCAUGUCAGAGAUGGCUCCUGUCGGAUAUGUAGGGGUGAGCCCAAAAUGUCUCCUUGGUUUAAACAAGAAUCAAGGAGAAGAGAUAUCGUUACGUCUACGCACAGAUGACCUUAAGGGUUUCAGGAAGUAUCAGAGCAUCAAGAAGACUCUCUUGCAUGAACUGGCUCACAUGAUAUAUUCUGAUCAUGACGCAAACUUUUAUGCUUUGGAUAAGCAGCUCAAUGAAGAAGCUGCUACACUAGAUUGGACUAAAUCAAGAAGCCACACUUUAAGUGGCUUGCAACAUUUGGAAAAUAAUGAAGAUGAUGUCUUUGAUAAUUAUGUUUCUUCAUCACAAAAACUUGGUGGGAAAUCAUCGUUUUCCAGUGCUCGUGUCUCUUCAGUGGCUGCUGCCUAUCGUCGUUUUGCGGACACAUCUGCCAACCACUAUAGAGAAACUGAGUUGCAUCAGGAACCUGAUCCUGAUGAUCAUGAGCUUUUAAUUCAUCACAUGGAUGUUGAUCAAGAGAAUGACCUGACCAAUACAAAAUUAGACUCUCUGCAGGAAUACACUGGGAUGCUGGAUAUUACCGAGUCUUGUGAUCAGAACUGCUGUGAACCCGAUCCUGAUGAGGCAACUUCCAUGAAGUCUGAGGCUUCUAUAGAAUCAAACUCGAAAAUUGUCACUGCACAUAAAAACUCUGAUUAUCAUGAGACAAUAAGUUCUUUACCUCCAUUGGAAGCUAUGGAACAUGAAGAACCUGAUCCUGAUGAUUCUGAAAAAGUUACAGUAAAAACAGAUUUCGCUGAAGCAAGGGAAGAGAAUCAGAUCUGCAGGAUCUCUGAUUCAGAUGAACCUCUACAGAAAAGUGAUAGUUUGACAGCACUAGAUCUCAAUGAUAAAGAUGCAACUUUAAAAACAAUUUCAUGCACUCACAUUGAUGAGCCAGAUCCUGAUGACCAGGAAUUGCGGAGGAUACAAGAUCCUGUGGUCACUCUUUGCAGCAAUUUGCAAAGAACAGUUGAACUGCUGAAAGCUCAAGCUAGUCCCUUGGAUGCUGCUAGAGUACUGCAAACUCUGAUCAAAAUCAUCAAGAAUGUGAUUGAACAUCCGGAUGAAGUAAAAUUCAAAAAGCUAAAAAAGGCCAAUCCUAUAAUUAAGAGAGAUGUAUUGAACUAUAAAGCUGCAAUGGAUGUCCUAGCUUUGAUUGGAUUCAGCGAGGACGUUUUGUUUGAUGAAACAGGGAGAACAGAGAAUUACUUGGUCCUGAAAAGAAACGACCCGGGCCUGCUGUGGCUUGCCAAGUCGUCGCUUGAAACAUACAUUGCAUAGUGGAAACAAUUGUACUGUUGUGUGUAUUGGACUAUACCUUACACACGACAAGAACUAAUGAAGUCUGCAAUUUGGCGAAAUGUGCAUUCUAUUUGUGCCGUAUGUAUGUAAAUGUAAAAAGUAUAAGCAAGCGUGUAUCAAGAUAUUGUUAAAACAUGUAAUAAUUGAGUCAUUCAAAAGGUAAAGUUUUCAUCUUUUAAAA